GAGUCCACCAUCCGUCACAAAAAUGUGGAUCUCACCUAUAUUCUGGGAAUACUAGUAGUUCGUAUAGCACGGCUACUCCGUAGCAGACGUAUCUAUGCCAUACCUACUGUACAUCUACUCCAUAUUUCUGGUCCUCAUAUUUUGGGACGUCGCUUUCUCAUUGCCGACUCAAUGCAGUAUCAUGGAAGCAAAUAGCUCGUCGCUUUAGUUGGAGCAGCAGUGCCUGAAAAAAUCACACCGUCGUCCCUCCAUGCCUCCCUCUCCCUCUACCCGUCUCCGGGACUUCUCCCACAGAGCCGGCGCCUGCCGGCCUCGCUGGACUGGGACUGGGACUUCUGGAACAGUUCGUCGGCCGACGCCGUCUGCGGCUCGUGGCCCGCCGACUACGCCGCGCGCCACGCCGCCAUCCGCCAGACCAGCGCAGCCGCGCACGCGGAGCACGUCAAGCGCCACCGGCGGAGCGGAGUCUUCGCGUGGUUCGCCCCUCCCCUUCCUCCGCGCCCGUUCGACCCCGCCGUGCGCUUCCUAACGUUCGAGUGGGUGGAAGAGUGCGGCGGGUUCGGCGACGUGCUCAACGGGCUGAUGCUCGCGUUCGUGACGGCCGUACUUGACGGCCGUGCGCUCAUCGUCCGCCACGACUGCCUGCGAGGAGCUUCUGGGACGGCGGGCUGACCAGGGAGCGACCCGCCGCGGCGGUGAAGGAGGGGGAGUGGUGUGGGUAGACCUGCGCAACACGCGCGUGGACCCAGAGACGUACUUUAAGGAGCUCGAGAACGCGACUAACAUCCGGAUGGCGACUAAUCUGGGCAUGCUGACGUACAUGGCGACUCAGGCCAGUGGGCCGUGGGCGGAACGGUUUAAGGCAUUGGGCAUGCGCCUGCCGUACGCCGUGGGGUGCUUCUUCAGGUUCCUCCUGCGGCCGUGUGCAGAGGUGCAGGAGAUGUUCCACAGCACUGAGCAGCGGCUGAGAGCCAGCACGGGGGAUGACAGCAGCAGGCGUGUGGCAGUGGUGGGCAUUCACAUCCGCGUGCAGGACGAGGUGGUGUGGGGUCCCGAAUAUGGCGCGCCCAAGAAGCUGAGCUGGACCAGCUGCUGGAGAACGCAAAACAAUGGCUCGACUGCGCUGAGGUGCGGGGGACGGGUGGGAUGAGGGUGGAUGGAGGAACGGAUGGGAGGAUUAACGGUGGGAUGGGUGGGUGCAUGGGUGGAUGGAUGCGUGGAAGGAUGUGAGAUGGUGAGAUGGGUUUUGAUGGUUUGAUGCAUCUGUGUGAGCGUGCAUGGAGCUAGGGCAGGUGGGUAUGCAUUCCAGGUCGCUUGGUUGGAUUUGAACAUGGUGGUGCGAUGUAUUGGUCGUGGGUUGUGUGCUCUUUCAGUUGCUCGACUUCGCUGCUGGACUGUUCCUCUUUGACCCCAUGCCUUCAACCCGAUUGAAUUCCUCUCACUAUCACGCAUUCACAGUCGUCACACAUUACGUUCCUCCCUCAUGUCUCCCCUGGGUCAUCGAGCACCGAGAACUCUCUCCCCUCGUAUCCCUGUGUGCAAUCAGCGUGUGGAGGCGUUCUGGUUACCCUCGUCUCUUACCGUGAGGUGGAUGCUCAUCACCAAUUCCGCUCAGCUGAAGGCCGCCAUUAAAUCUAGAUACCCAGACAAGGCAUGUGUGAGUGCGCACGUGCGUGCCUGCGUCCCUGCGUGCAUGCAUGCGUGUCUGCCUGUGUCCCUGCGUGCAUGCGUGCCUGCGUCCGUACCUGCAUGUGUGCUUGCAUGUGUGCGUGUGUGGUGUGUGUGUGCCUGAGUGCGCGCGCGCCUGCGUGCCUGCUUGCGUGCGUGCCAGGGACAAUGCGUUCAGUCUGUGUGGCGCACGCAUGACCCGAUUCCAGAUGGAGCAAGUCAGGCAUGUCUGUGCCAACUCGGGCGCUUCAAGGGGAGCGCCUCAGCUUCAGCUUUCGUGCAUGCAGGAAAGCUGAAUCAUCCAUCUCCAAGCAGACUCCAACCCUCCAUGCAUAUCUCACUGGUGCACGUCUAACCAGUGCACAUCUCACUGGUUUAGUGACACAAACCAAACACUCUCAUGUCUAAUCCUCGUGGCCUCCAAGUUCGCUGCUGCCCAACUCAGAGGCUUCCAGGUAUCUUCUAGAAGCUAGACCAACCCAGUGAAAAGAAGGAUGUUUUUGAGAGGGAACUCAGGGAUUUCAGAGACCUCUGAUGCCGUGAGAAGGGCUUUCCACCAUGCUAUCCCACGAUUGUGGCCCCUUGCUUGCAGGUUUUCACAACAGAUUUCGUCCCUCGGCAUUCAACCAGGCUGGGUUCCGUGAGCCAUGGGAGCGUCGACACCAGUGCCACCAGUGCUGCUAUCAUGUGGGGAAAGCAGAAGGAGGCGAGGAUGUACCAAGAGCUGGUCACCGAGUGGCUGCUGCUAGCUGCGAGUGAUGCGUAUGUCAUUUCUGCGUCUGGUUACUCUCACUCAGCCGUGUUCUUCUCUAGGAGGACCAUGGCAGUCUUUGAUUAUCACAGUUGUGACCCGGAGCAGCCAACCCAGGCAACAUUCCUGGGGCAAGAUGAGAGUGGGAUUUAAAGCCUGACCGGCAGGUUCCAUAUUGUUACUAGUGAGGUAGGUGGGACGACAGUUUUUGAUUGGCUAACGAAAGGUUUGAGAGGUGCGAAAUAAUUUUGGCGAAACUGAGCUCUCGCCAUUGAUUCUGCUUGUGUGCGAGAGUAGAUGGAGAGGGCCUCGAUCAGGCCUGAUGUUUAAAAAAAUGAUAAUUUUUAA